AUGGACAACUUUACCGAGUAUCAAGGAGUUGAAACUGAUGAAAAACCAUGUAAAUCCUCAGAGUGUGCAAAUAGCUUCAAUGAGGAGGAGUACCUCACUGUCUCUCAAAGGAUCAACACAGGAGAGAAAAGAUUUGAGUGCACAGAGUGUGGAAAGAGUUUCAAGCAGAAGGCCAACCUAAAUAAAAUCCACACAGGGGAGAGACCAUAUAAAUGCUUAGAGUGCGGGAGACGGUUUUAUUGUGGAAAGAGUUUCAGUCAGAAGACAAACCUUACUAGCCAUCGGAACAGUCACACAGGGCAGAAACCAUAUAAAUGCUUAGAGGGUGGAAAGAGCUUCAAUCAGAAGGCCCACCUUUCUAGCCAUCGGAACACCCACACAGGAGAAAAGCCGUAUACAUGCUUAGAAUGUGGAAAGAGCUUCUGUCAAAAGGCCAACCUUACUUCCCAUCAAAAAACAGGAGAGAAACCAUAUAAGUGUUUAGAGUGCGGAAAGAGCUUUAGUCACAAGCCUACCCUUAAUAGUCAUCAAAGGACCCACACAGAUGAGAAACCAUUUAAAUGCUCAGAGUGUGGAAAGGCCUUCAGCCAGAAGGCCAGCCUUCGUACCCAUCGGAAUACCCACACUUACACUUGA